GUUGUGGUCAGUUGCAGGAAUGAGUCCUUACUUCCAACCAUUCUAUCAGCCCAAUGAAUGUGGAAAGGCCCUUUGUGUGAGACCAGAUGUGAUGGAACUGGAUGAGUUGUAUGAGUUUCCUGAAUAUUCCCGGGAUCCUACAAUGUACUUGGCGUUGAGAAAUCUAAUUUUGGCUCUUUGGCAUAUUAAUUGCAAAGAGGUUCUUACCCCACAAAAGUGUGGAAACCAUAUAGUUGUUCGAGGGCUUGUUCGUAUUCGCUGUGUCCUGGAAGUGGAGAAGAUCUUGUAUUUUGUGACAAGAAAGGGCUUGGUCAACACUGGGGUCUUGGCUGUUAACCCAGAUCAUCCCCUCCUACCCAAUUAUUAUCACAAGAAACAUGUUAUUGUAAUUGGUGCUGGUGCAGCAGGCUUAGCAGCUGCACAACAACUGCAAAAUUUUGGAAUUAAGGUAAUGGUGCUGGAAGCCAGAGACCGGAUUGGUGGACGUGUUUGGGAUGACCACUCUCUUGGUGUGACUGUGGGAAAAGGAGCACAAAUUGUUAACGGCUGCAUAAACAACCCUAUAGCACUAAUGUGUGAGCAACUUGGAAGUAAGAUGCACAAAUUGGGGGAUAGGUGUGAUCUAAUUGAAGAAGGUGGAAGGGUCGUUGAUCCCACCAUAGACAAAUGCAUUGACUUCCAUUUCAAUGCCAUGUUGGAUGUCGUAGCAGAAUGGAGAAAAGACAAGAAACAAUUCCAAGAUGUGCCUCUUGGAGAAAAGAUUGAGGAGAUCUACCAAACUUUUAUUCAAGAAUCUGGAGUCCAGUUCAGUGAACUAGAAGCCAAAGUGCUGCAGUUUCAUCUUGGUAAUCUUGAAUAUGCUUGUGGUAGCAACCUACAGCAGGUGUCUGCUCGUUCCUGGGACCACAAUGAGUUUUUUGCCCAGUUUGCAGGUGAUCAUACACUCUUCACAUCAGGUUACUCUGCCAUCAUCAAUAAACUUGGCGAUGGUCUGGACAUACGACUUAGUACUCCAGUACAGACCAUUAACUACUCAGGAGAUGAUAUUUGCAUUGGAACAGCUAAUGGAAUGUUAUGGACAACUCAGAAGGUCUUGAUUACUGUUCCUCUAGCUCUUCUUCAGAAAAACACUAUUCAGUUUUAUCCAGCUCUAUCUGAACGGAAACUCAAGGCUAUCAACAGUCUAGGUCAAGGGGUAAUUGAAAAGAUUGCCCUCCAAUUUCCAUAUAAAUUUUGGGAGAAAAAAAUUCAAGGAGCAGACUUCUUUGGCCAUAUUCCUCCCAGUCCUAACAAACGAGGACUUUUUGGAGUAUUCUAUGAUAUGGAUCCACAAGGUGAGCAUUGCGUUCUGAUGUCUGUGAUCAGUGGAGAUGCAGUGGCUGUCAUUCAGGAUAUGCAAGAACAGCAAGUGGCAGAAUUAUGUAUGAGUGUCCUCCGAGAACUUUUUAAAGAAGAGGAAGUUCCAGAUCCAGUCAGAUAUUUUGUUACACACUGGAGCAAGGACCCAUGGGCACAGAUGGCUUACAGCUUUAUAAAGGCAGGGGGAAGUGGUGAGGCUUAUGAUAUAAUCGCUGAAGAUAUACAAGGAAAAGUGUUUUUUGCUGGGGAGGUGCUUGUGAAGGAAUUACUAAAUCUAAAGAACAAAAAAUGCAUUUACAUAGAGCUUUCAAAUCCUCAGUACAUGAGUACUUCAGUCAACUAUGUGGAAGGUGUCAGUUUUCAAACAUUGAAGGCAACUAAUCGACACUUCCCGCAAACUGUUACUGGGGCCUACCUGAGUGGAGUCAGAGAAGCAAGUAAAAUUGCUACAUUGUAAAAGAUGACUUUGUAAUUUAUAACUUAAGCCACAAGAAGAAAGGUGUACAUAGUAGAGAUUCUGCACUUCUAAAAUUAUUGCUGAUUCCUAUGCAGGUCUCAAAUUUUAAAGAUCACGGAGAAAUUCUUUGCAAAGCUGGUGUUUGAGCAAUAUUAUGUACAAAAUGAAUAUUACUUUCAAACUGUCAACAAGUGGCAAAACCUCACAUGAAGACAGGGAAAACCAUACCAAUGGAAUACUCCAGUUCCAUUUAUAGAUGGUGUGAGCAAAGCCUCCUUCACACUAAUUUAUUUGAUAAAGUUACUGAGCAGGGUUCACAAUGUUAACAAGUGGUUGUACUUGACAAGAGUCACCAGUUACUUCACAGGAUUUGAACUAUGCAGUUUGUGUUUUGUACAAUUAGCAUCUUUUGAUUCUAAUAUGUUAAAAUAGUUGUUGCAAAAGCUGACCAGGGAGAGUGGAAAUGGCUAGUUAAGGAAACAUUCAAUUUUGGCCGUCUGAAUUCCAGCAAUUAAAAAUCAGUCAUCCAGCAAACAAUGAAGAAUACUAUUUUAAGAUAAAAUAUAAACUGUACUCCUUUACACUUCGUUUACUAAACUAAAGCUGGUUUCUUCCGGGAAGGGUUUCUAACACUUAAAGCACCCACUUAACCUGCUGGGACAAAUCCUGUUGCUUUGAAAUUGCUGAGCAGUAGCAUAAUGCACCUGAGACAGAAGUAGCAUCUCUGGAACAAGUCACAAUGUCAGACUGAGGUAAACUAUAAUCUAGUCUCCACCCUAUUUGAAAAGCUGAAAUUUGAGGCAGACUUCAUUAGAAUGAUAAAUGAAUAAUUUCUUUCAUUUAAUAAAGCUCCUGUGAUUUGUGCAGCAAGACUGACUGACUGCCUUUUCUACUCUGUUAACCUGGGCUAUUUAUUCUAUUGUAAAGUGUAUAGAAUGGGAAAUGCAAGGAUAAUCAUCCUACUUGAACAAGGACAAAGCUCCUGCAUCUUUGAUUUUAUAUGUGGUAAAAUACAGGAUUUUCUGGACCUGUAAUUUUUUAAAAUCCUGUAUAUAACUUGAUGUAAAUAUUUAGUUCAUAAUCCGAUCACCUGUCUGCAACCAACAAAUAAAUAGUAUGGAGUCAGAUUCUGUUGAACAAUGAGUUAUGCAAGAUCAGUAAGAUAGUUUUAUUUACCAAGCAAGUGGACUAAAUUAGUCUCAAACUCCAUUACUAAGAGCUCAGGUAUUUCACUCUUAACAGCUGUCCUCCUAUUCUACUAGUCAAUUAUACUCGACUGAAAUGAUACUAAUAUGGUGAAAUGUAUCUAAUUUGUUGCAAAAUUCAAGCCAGUUGCAUAAGUACCAAAAAAAUGCUGUUUACUCUGCCAAUGAGUUUUUCACAACCACUUCAAGUCAGGGAUCAGUAAUACUCAAGAUACCAAUCUACUGCGAAUGCCUGUUAAGUGAUAUUUAUGUUCUAUGUUGUACUAGUUAUUUCUGCAUCUGGUUUUCAAUGUAAAUUGCAUAUCAUGACAUAGCAGAAUAUCAGUGUCCACCUUAUAAGGACAAAAGGUACAACUGUAACAUCUGGUCUACCAGUUUCAAUACUAAAAUUUGAUUUGAGAUUUAAGUAAACUGAUUGGUUAGUUCAUUUGGUGCUUAAAUCCCAGAGUAGACAGAACAAAAAUUCCAUCAGGAAUACCUUUGUAUUGUGAUAACAUUUAAUUGUUAGUUAAUGCAACUCAGUUCCUGUUUUGAGCAUUUGUUUCUCAUCAUUUUAAAUGGGCUUGCAAGAUGGAUGUUCUGCUUUUUCCAUUAGAAAGAUUACUUUCUGUAAAGCAUUAAUGAUUUUGAAAUGUCAUUUGUUCAUCAAAAGGUGCUCAAGUAAAAUUAAAACAUGAACUGC